AUGGGAAAAGUUUAUUUCAUUGCAGGUGCCACUAAAGGUAUUGGUCUUCAAUUAGCUACUCAAUUAUCUCAAGCAGAUUCAUCAAAUACCGUUAUUGCAACAGCUCGUAACACUAACAGUUCAAAUAAAUUGAAUGGAUUGGUUUCAAAACAAGAAAAUGUUCAUAUUGUCAAAUUAGAUUUAUCUUCUGAAGAAUCAAUCAAUGGUAUUGAUGAACAAAUUAGCUCUUUAGUCUCCAAGACUGGUAUUGAUGUUCUUAUUGUUAAUGGUGCACUUGGUGAUUCAACACCUUUCAGAGAUUUGGAUAGAAAAACUUAUAUUGAUCAUUACUUAGUGAAUGUUUUGGGACCUAUUCAAGUGGUUAAUGUCUUACACAAAUAUCUUGUUAAAGCAUCAACAAAGCAAAUUUUCUUUACUUCAAGUGCUGCUGGUCAAGUUUCUAGCUUUAUACCAUUUGAAACAGGUGCUUAUGGUCAUACUAAAGCUGCUUUGAAUCAUAGUGCUUUACAAUUAUCUGUUCAUUAUAAAAAUGAAGGUUUCACUGUUAUCCCAUUACAUCCGGGUAUUGUUGAUACAGAUUUAGCUAAUGCAGCUUUUGAUAAAUUACCCGAAGAACAUGCUGCUCUUGGUAAAACUUUCCGUGAUCAAUUUGUUUCACCUGCUGAAAGUGCUUCUCAUAUUAUUUCAAAUAUCAUUAAUAAAGUCACUGUUGAAGAUUCUGGUAAGUUUUUCAACUAUGAUGGAACUGUUCUUCCAUAUUGA